UCAAUUAUGGGAAGAGAGAGUGAGUGAGAGAGAGAGAGAAACAGAACUAGAAAAAGAAGAGGGACGGCAUUUGAUUAUAGCUGUGUCUGUUGAUGAGUCUUUCUUCGCUUCCAUCUCAGUACCGUUCCUUGUUCACCACACUCAUCCAAUACAGUCGUCAAAAGGACCUCCAAAAGGGCAAAGCUCUCCACGCUCAGAUCAUCAAAACCGGUCCCAACUCCUGCGUCUACAUUGCCAACAGCCUCGUCAACCUCUAUGCCAAAUGCGGAGACUUGCCCAAAGCCAAGCUCGUCUUCGAGGCUAUACCCGACAAGGACGUCGUCUCAUGGAACUCUCUCAUCAAUGGCUACUCUCAGCAAGGACAAAACGGCUCCUCCCAUGUCAUGGAGCUUUUUCAACGCAUGCGGGCUGAGAACGCCUUCCCAAAUGCGCACACUUUUGCUGGAGUUUUCACCGCAGCUUCGUAUGCGUCGCCGGACGUCUUUGGCGGCCGGCAAGCUCAUGCACUUGCAAUCAAAGCUGACAGCUUUUAUGAUGUGUUUGUCGGGAGUUCUCUGCUCAAUAUGUAUUGUAAAGCGGGUCUUGUAUUGGAUGCUCGUAAGGUGUUUGAUAGAAUGCUUGAGAGGAAUUCAGUUUCGUGGGCUACUAUGAUAUCUGGGUAUGCUGUGCAACGGCUGGCGGGAGAUGCACUGGCACUUUUUGGAUUGAUGCGGCGUAGAAAUGAGGUGAAGGAAGAGGUGAAUGAAUUUGUUUUGACCGGUGUUCUUAGUGCCUUGGCGCUUCCUGAGUUUGUUGGUACUGGUAAGCAAAUUCAUUCUCUUGCAGUGAAAAUUGGGUUGAUAUCUUUCGUUUCUGUUGAAAAUGCGCUUGUAACCAUGUAUGCAAAAUGUGGGAGCUUGGAUGAUGCACUUAGAACUUUCAAAACGUCUGGUGAUAAGAAUUCUAUCACAUGGUCUGCCAUGAUAACUGGUUUUGCACAAAGUGGGGAUUCUCAAAAGGCUUUGGACUUGUUUUCACAUAUGCAUUUUUCUGGGGUUAUGCCAAGUGAGUUUACAUUUGUUGGAGUCAUCAAUGCUUGUAGUGACAUUGGUGCUCUUGAAGAAGGAAAGCAAAUGCAUAGCUAUUCAUUAAAGUUGGGCUUCGAAUUCCAAAUAUAUAUAAUGACAGCUUUGGUUGACAUGUAUGCCAAAUGUGGUAAUGUCAGUGAUGCUCGUAAGGGGUUUGAUUAUUUAAGAGAACCUGAUAUUGUUCUUUGGACUUCUAUGAUUGGAGGGUAUGUGCAAAAUGGAGAGAAUGAAGCUUCUUUGACUUUGUAUUGCAGAAUGCAGAGGGAAGGAAUGAUGCCCAAUGAACUAACUAUGGCUAGUGUCCUAAAAGCAUGUUCGAGUCUAAGUGCUUUUGAACAAGGAAGGCAAAUCCACGCACGUACCAUCAAGUAUGGAUUCAGUCUUGAAGUUCCAAUUGGAAGUGCUCUUUCAACCAUGUAUGCAAAGUGUGGGAAUUUGGAAGAUGGGAAUCUGGUAUUUAGGAGGAUGCCAAUGAGGGAUACAGUAUCUUGGAAUGCAAUGAUAUCUGGGCUUUCACAAAAUGGGAGGGGUACAGAGGCUCUAGAGCUCUUUGAGGAGAUGCGAUUGGAGGGCGCAAAGCCGGACUACAUUACAUUUGUGAAUAUUCUCUCUGCUUGCAGCCAUAUGGGAUUAGUAGAGAGGGGGUGGAUUUAUUUCAACAUGAUGUCUAAUGAAUUUGGCAUAGGCCCAAGGGUGGACCAUUAUGCUUGCAUGGUUGAUGUAUUGAGCCGUGCUGGGAAGUUAGAUGAAGCCAAAGAGUUUAUAGAAUCAGCCACUAUUGAUCAUGGUAUGUGUUUAUGGCGUAUUCUAUUAAGUGCUUGUCGGAACUAUCAUAAUUACGAAUUGGGAGCCUAUGUUGGAGAGAAGUUAAUGGAGUUAGGCUCUCAGGAAUCAUCAGCUUAUGUGUUGUUGUCAAGCAUAUAUACUGCCUUGGGCAGUAGUAAAGAUGUUGAGCGGGUAAGGAGUCUGAUGAAACUUAGAGGGGUGAGCAAAGAACCUGGGUGUAGCUGGAUUGAGUUGAAGAGUCAGGUUCAUGUAUUUGUUGUUGGUGAUGAGAUGCAUCCACAAAUUGAAAAUGUACGUCAUGAGAUCCGAAGGCUAAUGAAGCAUAUGAAGGAUAAAGAUUACCAACCGUCCUCUACCAUUUUUUGAAGUUCAUGAUAAUUUAUUCAGCAGAUACCUGCAUCAACAUUCCACUAUUCUUCAGGAAUUUUUGUUCGACUCUUUUACCUGGAAAUUAAUAAGAGGGGAAAAAAAGUAGCCAUCUCUUAUUCAUUUUUGGCUUUUUAAACUCAUGAACAACAGAAUUAGACUAAAACACAAGAAGUUUCAUUACAAGU